UCCGCGUAUUGUUAUUUAAACGGGUUUUUAUUGUUUUUGUAAUUCACAUUUAUAAUUUAGUAGUAUAAAAACAACUCUGUUUCAUGGUCUAUUCUGAAUUUGAUAGUUGAGAACAGCCAUUGCUGUAGAUGGCUCACAUCAUGAAAGAAGUCUUCUUCAACUCUCUCUGCUUUUGCUUCUUCUUCUGUUCCGUGUUUCAAUUCAAUCGGGUGUCCUCACAAACUGGAACAGAACGUGCUGCCGUCCCGCCGAGAGGUUGGAACUCCUAUAAUUCAUUUUCCUGGAUUAUUUCUGAAGAAGAAUACCAAAAAAAUGCAGAGGUUGUGGCCAAUCGGCUUAAGUCUAAGGGAUAUGAGUACGUGGUUGUGGAUUACCUGUGGUAUAGGAGAAAGGUUCCUGGUGCUUACGCUGAUUCUCUUGGAUUCGAUGUGAUUGAUGAAUGGGGGAGGAUGGUCCCGGACCCGAGUCGAUGGCCUUCCUCGCAAGGUGGAAAGGGAUUCACUGAAGUAGCUAAGAAAGUUCAUGAUAUGGGUUUGAGGUUUGGAAUUCGUGUCAUGAGAGGAAUAAGUACACAGGCAGUCAAUGCUAAUACGCCUAUAUUGGACAUUUCAAAGGGAAGUGCCUAUGUAGAAUCCGGGAGAAAGUGGUUUGCAAGUGAUAUAGGGGACAAGUCGAGGACUUGUGGAUGGAUGAAAAAUGGUUUCAUGAGUGUGAACAUGGAUUCAGGAGCUUCAAAAGCCUUUAGGUCCCUUUAUCAACAAUAUGCUGAUUGGGGUGUUGAUUUUGUGAAACAUGAUUGUGUCUUCGGCGAUGAUUUGGAUUUACCUCAAAUAAGCUUUGUAUCCGAUGUUCUUAAACAACUUGAGCGCCCAAUAUUGUUUUCUCUGUCCCCUGGAAAAACUGCGACGCCAGCCAUGGCCAAGGAUGUAAGUGGGCUGGUUAACAUGUAUAGAAUAUCAGGUGAGGUAUAUGCUGCUGUCUUCAAUCUCAACAACGAGAAGCCUCAGAGCUUGCGGAGGCACUUCCGGGCAAGGGCAGGGUCAACCUUCCUGUAAAUGCAGAGAGGAAUGGAGUGGAAAAGAGUUUUUGGAGUGAUGUCAGGGUCGACCGUAGCUGCACCACUUCAAACCCAUGCCUCUGCUCCGUUUACCAUCAGCUG